AUGGCGUCCUUCGCCUCGACGGUGCUCGGGCUGCCGCCGAUCGCUGCGCUCGUCUUUGGCUACCAGCGUGGCGUCUACGAGUGCGUGCGCAGCCGGUUUGUCGAGUUUGCGACGGCCGUCGGCUUUGACGCGGCCACCGACGGCCGGUACCACCUCUGCCGCCACGUCGCGAGCCGGCUCACGCAGCCGACGAGUAGCGUCUCGACGCUCAGCGUGCGCGAGCUCUUCCUCUUCUCCGAGACGGACCGUGAAGCCCGCUUUGUCUUGCACUUGGCCAUCUACGAGGGCGACGCGGCUGCGGUUGAGCGCAUCCUCGCGUGCGCCGACCUCUUCUCGGACAAUGCGAUCGACAUGGCGGUCUUCUACAACCUCUCGCUCAUCGCCUCGCAUCUCUUACAGCACCGCGCGAUCUUGAUGCAGCGCGGGCGCGCGCUAUCGUGGCGCAGCGCAACGACAGUGCGCAGCUCCAAGCUCUGAGCGCCUACUAUGCUACGAGUCUGCUCGGCGAGCACUGGGCCAUUGGCGCGAUGAUCGCUGCCAUCAAAGACGCGUGCGCC